AUGUCGCACCAAUCCAACUCAUCCUCCUCCAAGACCAUGUCUGAUUCCUCUAGCUCUGAAUCAUGCAACCCUAACAGGGAAGACCCUGUUGCUGACUCUGCGAAUACCUCCCAUCCAAGAAGACCUAAAGAAACUAUCUCAGGCUUCUCCUCAGCAAUCGCUCUUGAUGAACAAACCAGAGAAGGUUCCAGGUAUGUUCACAAUGCCAUUGCAACUAUGGUGACUGGAAUACUGUCUGGUAAUCAUAAGGUUCUUGGGGUUUCCAUUCCCUUAAACACCAUUGUACCUGAUAAUGUUGCUUGUCAAGAAAAUAUAGUCUCCUUAGGAAAGAAUGUCUCUGAUGAUGCUGAGCAAACUGAUGCUCAUAAGGGGUCAAAUAUUGACAAACCCCUAGAUAAUGUGGGUGGUGAGGAAGUCCGUGUCACUCAUGAUGUCAGUGAUAACCCUAACUGUGAACCUGAAACAGUAGACUUGGAGGAAUUUUCUGAUAAUGAGUUGUUGUCCUCAGUUAUCCCUAGCAUAGCCAAAAGGGUUAGGACUAGGAGAGAAAAGAAAACAGUGGCACAAAGGUCCCCCAGAAAGAAUAUUGAUGUGCCAACCUCUCCCAAUCCAAAGGUGGCAGAGAGUUCCCUCAAGAGGAAAGGUCAUGGUCCAACAAAAUCUUGGAGCAAAGGGGUGCCCAAGAAAAUGAAGACCAAGUCUGUUGUUGUGGAGACUGACUCAGAUGUUCCAUGUGAUGUCACUGCCACUCUGUGGAAAUAUGUUUAUCAGAAGAGGCUGGCCUUGGAAAGGGAAUUGCCUCAGAAUGUCCUGGAAUGUAAGGAGAUUAUGGACCUUAUUCAAGAGGCGGGUUUAAUGAAGACUGUGACUCAGUUCUCAAAGUGCUAUGAGAUGUUAGUAAAGGAAUUUAUUGUCAAUGUGUCUGAAGAAUGUGCUGAUGGAAAGUCUAAGGAAUUCAGAAAAGUAUAUGUGUGA